ACUUAAACAUUUUAUUACAUUUUUCCAGAUUAACAGCGACAAUAUAAGUAUAUUUCAAUAAUUGUCUACUGUGGCUAUCGCAAUAGCUCGACGAAGAGGACGCAAUGGAUUGUGUGCUAUUGGUACCGCCUUGGUUAGACACUGGCUGACUAGUUUUUUACUAGGGUCGUUAAUCACGUCGUUAGUGAUAUAUUACACGGUGUUAAACCAAAAAAGUAACAAAAAUAAUAUUCGAAAAUUGCCGUUUAUAUAGUAUAGUAACUUAAAGCGCAUUUGUAUAGUUCCUUUGACAUACGAGGAUACCAGCAAUUAUGGUGUUAUCAAAGUACGAGAACAUGAAUCAACGUCAGAAGCAAUGGAAAAAGAACUAAGGUUACUACGAAGACAGCUUAGUAUGACUCAAAAUCAUUUACUAGCCGCAAUGAAGACAUCUCUAUUUCCCGUAUCACCAACCGAAGCACCACAAGUAACACCAGAGAGUCUCGCACCUUGUUCGUCACAAAAAGUAUGUCAAUUUUAGGUUCUGAGUGUAGUGAAAAAGCUGUUAAAACUUAGUAAACUAUUGUUUUACAUAAAUGUGUUUUUUUCUUGGAAAACAUUUUUUCAAUCAGCAAAAAAUUUCCGAUUUUUUCAAGUUAUACCUAAAAAAAUAAGCAUUUUUAAUAAUAUUUCAAAAAAAUUGUUUUUUUCCAAUUUUCCAAUUUUUUCACGCAGUAGAUACACCAAAUUAUGCGGAAUUUCUACUUUAUUUAAAACAUUUAUUGAUAUUUUUUAACAGUUAAUCUCUUGUCCUUUUUUUGGGGGUUUUUUCUUCGGAAAAAUACUUGUUCGGUUAAUAAGAAGACUCCUAAGAAUUAUUCAGAUUGUACUUUAAAAAAUGCGGAUUUAUCGCCGAUUAGUACUUUAUUUGGAAAAAAAAUCUUGACUUCUGCAAUGAUUUAUUAACUAUAGCUAAAUUAACCUUUGUAAUAUAUCUUACCCCUACAUGCAAUAGUGGCCUACUCGGAAGCAGUAAAAACUUUUUAAUUACAACAUGCAUUUCGAUAAAACUUAAUUCACAUUGAAAUUACUGGUUUCAGACAUUAGACACUGUGAACAAGUGUGAAGUAAUCGAAAUAGGAAUCGUGUGUGCUGGGUACAACUCUACGCGUUCAGUAGUCACACUAAUAAAAUCGAUAUUGUUUUAUCGAAAAAAUCCAUUAAGAUUUCAUUUCGUCGUAGAUGUCAUUUCCAGAAAAAUUUUAAAAACUUUGUUUGAUACUUGGAGUAUACCUCAAUGUAAGUUUGUAUAGCAAAAAUCACUAUAUUAUAAAGAUUUGUAUAAUAUUGAAUUCGAACAAACGUUUGUUUCUGCAGUGGAAAUCGAAUUCUAUUCAGCUGAAAAAAUAAUAGCCGAUGUUUCAUGGAUAAAUAAUAAACAUUAUUCGGGAGUUUACGGUUUGAUGAAAUUGUGUUUGACACAAGUGUUUCCAGACACAUUGAAACAGGUCCUAGUUUUAGAUACGGAUAUUACUUUUGCAACAGAUAUUGCUCAGUUAUGGUCGAUGUUAAAACGCUUCAAAAAAGAACAAGUAAGUUUAUACAUUUUAACCAUUUAAAAAUAUGUAUAUAAAAAAUAAACGUCCAUCAUAAUUCAAUAACAAACAUUUUGUACAGAGUAUAUUUAUAAAUAUGUAUAAUGUAAUAACAUAUUAUAAAGUAGUGAAAAAUUAGUGCCUCAUCCAAAUAGUGGUUGAUGGAUGCGCCAUAGCCCCAGGCGUUGACCUGCAGUUUUAUUAUUCGUUUAAAAUUGAAAUAUCGACUAAUACCGAUAAAUACGUUUUUAUUAUUUAUGACUGCCCGGUAAUUUUGCACGAAAUAUAAGUCCGUUUCACAUGAUUCGUGUAGGUAAUCAACUAAUAUCUGACAAUUAAAGAUUUUAAGUGCCGCCAGCUAGGUAUUUAUUCAAAUUCAUGACAUGGGCCUAUCACAGGUUUGUCUAACCUAUAGAAAUCACAGGUAGGGACACAUUUAAACCUAGGAUAGAUACUAUAUAGCCACAAGGCCUAGAUUUUAGUGCCACCUGGUCAAAAUUUCUUAAAAUAUGUACCGAUUCUCUAAGGGCAUCGUGAACACUUUCCAGGGGCACCGUGACUCAUAAAAAUUAUUUAUAAUUUAUUGUAUAAUUUUUUUUUAAAUUUUUGUUGAUUUCAAAUUGGACUUUAUAAAAAAUUGUAUUAAGUUAGUUGAGAAUGCUUAUAUUGUAUUAUAUUCAGUAGAAUUAUAAAAACUGAUUAUCAAUAAGAAUUAGUGCUGAUUUUUUUUAUGUAUAUUCCUCGUGAUAUUCACGGAAAGGCACCGUGGUUGAAUUUAAUCCAUAAAAAUGCAACGCCAGAAAAAAAAUUUGGAAACUGCUUCAGUGUAUUAUAAUACCUAUAGUUUAUUUAUUAAAAAUGUAUGAAAUUUAUUUUUAUUUUACUGCGCGUACUAAAUGAUUAACAAAUAAAUUGUUUUUAUGCACAUAUUGACGUAGAUAUUAUGUUAAUAUGUUAGUUAUUAUGUCUUGAAAAUACGUGAUUGCAUUAUAUCUACGCGUUAUGCAAAAAAACAAAAACCAAUUGAUUUUUGUCCAUACAGGCGUUGGGACUCGUUGAAAACCAAAGCGAUUGGUAUCUCGGCAAACUGUGGAAAAAACAUAAACCGUGGCCUGCACUGGGUCGAGGGUAAGCUAUUAAACGUGAAAAAUAUACAACUGUACCUAAUAUAUAAUAAUAAUACAACAAAAAUACAAUAGUAAUAUAUAAAACUAAACAUAACACGCAUGCACGCGCAUUUGUAUACAUAGCUAUAACACGGGCGUGAUACUGAUGGACUUACGGAAAUUACGUUUAAUCGGUUGGAACGGAUUAUGGAGAUCGGUGGCAGUAAAAACGUUAGUGACACACUACUGGACUAGUCUGGCCGAUCAGGACAUUUUUAACACGAUUAUCAAAGAACGACCGGAACUCCUGUACGCUAUGCCGUGUCAGUGGAACGUGCAGCUCAGCGAUAACACUAGGAGCGAACUGUGUUACGCCGAAGUUGUAGAGUUAAAAGUAUGUGCAUCCAAAUGUCGAUGGACAAUAAUAUUGUUCGACAUAAUAUUAGUUUUCUAUAAUAUUAAAUUGUGUAAACAAAUUUACGCAGCUGGCCAUAGAAAAAUAAUAUAAAAAUUUUCAAAAAUAACGUAAUAAUGUUAUAGUGAUUUAUGUUAUGUACGAGUAUUGUGAGUAAACCUUAACAAAUAAUAAUAAUAAUUCGAAGAGAAUUAAUAAUAGAACCCUUACUCUAAACCUACUAACGUAAUCGUAUUUUAAAUUACAAAUAAAAUAUAAAUUAAUCAUAAUUAUAAUACAUAAUUCAGAGGCGUCAUUUCACAUUUUUUCAUGCAAUGCAAAAUCAAUAAGCAGAGAAAAAAAUCGAGGCUCUAUGUAAUCAUUUUUGCGAAGUCUCAAUAAGCUUCUUUUUUUUGUUUGCCUUUUUAUCUUCUAAUACCAAGCACUGAUAAAUUUUUACAAUAAAAUUAUUCUAAAUUCAUUAAUUUUUAUUUUUAUUUCCUAAAUAAUAUCAUGUGGAAUUACUAUCUAGCUAUGAUAACGACUAGACGUUGGACCUUUAAAAGCGCGGGGCUCUGUGCGCGUAUACAACUUACAACGUCUUCAAGCCGACCCUGCCUCAUAAGCAUACUAAGCACGAAAUCAAUAAUUUCCAUAUUUAACUUUAUCUUUCAAUCAUCACAUAUCUACAAGUAUUUUAAACAAUCGCAAUUCAAUUACGAGUAGGUACCUUCAUUUCUUGAAAUUUAAACAAAAAAAAACUUUUCAGUAUCAGAAGAUACUGACAUACUGUUAAAAUUAUAAGUGAUAAUAAAACCACUAAAAACAUUUUUGUAAUUUUACAAAAUGAGAGUUUUAGUACUUAAAUUAUAUGAAAUUAACUACAUUUACACAUUUUAGGUGUCCUAAAUAAAUUUAUGGAAUGCAUUUACAUACCCUUACACCCCGCAAAUGACGCCCCUGACACAUAGGUAAUUCUAUUCAUCCAGAUCGCUUAAGUUUAAAACUUCAAAUUUUAAAACAUAAUAAUAAUACAUUAAAAAAAGUUUAAGAAGCUUACAAAUGUAUUGAUUAUAAUUCAUAAUAAUUGUUAUUUUGAUCAACUAUAAAUUAAAAAUAAAAUCCUUAAUUUUCAGAUAAUUCAUUGGAAUUCACCAAAGAAGCUCAAAGUGAAAAAUAAACACGUAGAAUUUUUCCGUAAUUUAUAUCUCACAUUCUUGGAGUAUGAUGGAAAUUUACUCCAAAGAGAACUGUUUGGUUGUAAUUAUUCAUCUAUUGUUCAAAAUGUUCCUGAAGUAAGUGGAAUUUUUAUCUAACACUUUCUCGAUUAUACAAAAUAUAUUUAAAUACAUAAAGCUUAUAUAGAUACCUACGUACUAUAUAAUAAAUGUAUAAUAUCUAAAAUAUAUUAAACUCUAAAAUGUAUAGACUUAUAACAUAAUUUAAUAGAUAAUUAAAUAUUAUAAUUUAAUUACAAAUUUGAAUAUUAAAAUAUGAUUCAUACAAUUUUUUUUUGGUAAACUAAAAUUAUUUCAAUAAUUUUUUAGAUUAACGAAGACGAUAUGUGUUAUGAAUUCAGAAGAGCAGGCAUGACCAGUUUAAGAACUCAUUUAUAUUUUUUGGAAUUCGAGUACGAAGCAUCUCCGGACGAAUGUGACAUCACACUUGUUGCUCAAUUAUCUAUGGAUAGACUCCAAAUGGUGGAAAUGCUAUGCGAGUACUGGGACGGUAAAAUUUUAUUUUGAAGCAUAAGUUAAAAACAAUCUAUAUUAAUAACAUUUUAUUGUCGAUUGCAGGCCCGAUUAGUUUGAGUCUUUACAUGUCCGAUGCUGAGGCUCAACAAUUUUUGAGUUACGCCCAGAAUUCCGAAGUUCUGAAAAAUCGUAGAAAUAUUGGAUACCAUGUAGUUUAUAAAGAAGGGGUAGGAUAAAUAUAAUAUUUAAUGUCCUAAUUUAUUUGAAUUUUUGAACAAAUUGUACAUUUGUUUUCUUUUUUAAAAAAAUAUAUCAAUUAAUAAUUAAUAAACUUUUUAGGAUUUUUACCCUAUAAAUUUAUUACGAAAUGUCGCACUUGAAAAUGUCGUAACGCCAUAUGUGUUUUUAUCCGACAUCGAUUUCUUACCAAUGAGUGGUCUAUACUCGUAUUUAAAAAAAUACAUUUUUAUAAAGAACAUUAAGUCUUCCGAUAAGGUAUAUAUAAUUUUAGUAAAUCUAUCAAGUGGUCCAAUAUUAUCCGAGAUUUAAAUUAUUCUAGGCGUUAGUUGUGCCUGCUUUUGAAACGCAAAGAUAUCGAACGGCUUUCCCACAAACGAAAGCUGAUAUAUUGAGAAUGUUGGAUGACGGAGCUUUAUUCUCGUUUAGAUACCACGUAUGGCCAAAAGGACACGCCGCCACAAAUUAUGCUAAAUGGAAAGGAUCAACUGUUCCAUACAAAGUAAAUAAUUUUAUAAUUACAAAAUAACUGUAGCUUUUUUAACACAGAUUUUACGACUUUACGACAUAAAAUACGAGUAUUAUAUCUACCUAUUAAGCGAUUUUAUAUAAAUAUAUUUACUGUAGAUGAUAUAAUAUAAUCUGCAGUAUAUAAUUUGAUUUUCCAAAUUUCGUACAUGCAUGGAAAAUUUUAGAUGUAACAUUUCAUUUAUUUAAUCUUGAAACCAAUUUCUAAAGAACAUUUUAUAGAACAAAUAACCAGCAUUACGUAGUGCGUAUAUACAAGCAAAUACGUAAAUGAUAAUUAGGCGUCCUGUUAAUUAUAGUUAUUGUUAAUUAUAAUUAUUUUUAGGUAUCAUGGGAACCAGAUUAUGAACCGUACGUGGUGGUGCGCAGUGAUGUACCAAAAUAUGAUACCAGAUUUGUUGGUUUUGGAUGGAACAAAGUGUCACAUAUCAUGGAACUCGAGGCUCGAGGAUACACUUUUAUCGUACUUCCGAAUGCGUUUAUAAUUCAUAUGCCACAUGCGCCAAGUUUCGACAUUGCAAAAUUUCGUGGAUCUUCUCAAUAUAGAAGGUCAGUGAUUUUAUUAUUUUUAAUUAUUAACGUUAAUCAAUAUUUACUUAAACCGGAAUUACCGGUCGAUUUUAAUUUUAUCAGAAUUUUUGUUGAUUUAUUUACUAUUCAAGAAAAGGAAGGACAAACUGUUCAUUAACGAUAGUCGAAAUUGUUUAAUAUAUUGUUACAGAUGUUUGAAGAUACUAAAAAAUGAGUUUAUCGAAGACUUGCGCAUUAGAUAUUCAAAACGAUUGAAUCAUACUGAGAGUUAAUUAAAAUUAAAAAAAUUCUAAUACAGUAGAUACCGUUUAUACUUUAUAAUGACACAGGUUGACGGUUGAAUCCAAACAAAGUAUAAUCUAAGAUAACAGAUUACUUUUAAUACAAUGUAAGUUUAAUUUUAAAAUAAUAAAAAACCUUUUUUUUAAUUUUAAUUUUUUCUGUAUGUGUUGAAGUCACAAUUUAUUGAUUAAAUCAUGGCACAUUGAUUGUAAUACAAUAUUAUGUUCAUAUAAAUACCUAUACAUAAUCAAUUUUUUAAAUAGUAUUUUAUUAUUUUGGUUAUAAUGGCAAUCGGUGUUAUUAUGACUACAUUUAAGUAGUCCUUUGAAUGUCAUUAUAAAAGGUUUCUACUGUAUUACCUAUGCAAUAUUUUACUGUUAUGUUAUAUGAGUUUAUAAAUGAAUGUGUUGUUUUUUUAAUUUUAUUUUUUAUUAGAAAUAUGUGUUGGUUUCUAGCUCAAUAGAUUGUAAAUUAUCCAUAGUAUAAUUUAUUAAUAAAAAAUUGUAAUUUUUAAAUGUAUUUAUUAUCGUUAUAUUAUGUAAAAUGUUCCUCUUUUGGUUUUUGACAUUAUAAUUAUAUAGCUAUAUUUAUGCAAUUGGUCUGGAUUAAAAUAAAUUAAGUAGUU